AUGACCAUAAAAGGUGUUGUGUUUGACUUCGGCGGAGUCAUAUUAUCAUUUGAGAAUAUAAAACCUUUCUGGGAUGCGUAUGAUAAACAAGCUGGUCUACCCAUCGGAACAAUAGCUGCUGAAGUCAAAGGAACAGGUUUCACUGAAUGGACAGGCAAAGGAGGUAUAUUCACGGGUGAAAUAUCUGUGGAAGAAGUUGAGAACGGUCUCUUCUCCCAGUACAUCAAUGAGAAAUAUAAUACGAAUUUGCCUCUGAAAAUGACUGUCUUGUCGUCGUGUCUCGCCAAUCCUGAUCACGUCGUUUUCAGCAAGAAAAUUCAUUUACUCAUUAAACAGUUGCAUGGAAAAGGAUUGAAGAGUGCUCUGUUGACAAAUAACUGCUAUCUGGAUAUUGAACAUAAAGAAGCUCGUCUUCCAUAUGAUACAUCUGUCUUUGAUGUGGUUGUAGAAUCUUGCAUUGAAGGUGUCAUGAAACCUGAUCAAAAAAUAUAUAAGAUUAUGUCGGACAGGCUAGGUCUUGAACCGAAUGAACUCGUGUUUCUUGAUGAUCUGAAAGAAAAUUGUGAAGCUGCCGUAGCCUUGGGUUGGCAGGCAAUUCAGGUUGAUCUCUCGAAAGAAGAUGAAGCUGUAGAGAAGCUGGAAAGCUUGUUGAACGUGAAAUUCGAUUUCUAA